AUCCAUGGCUGAAAAUCCACAAUCAAAGAUAAGCACGACUCUCCGAUGACCUUUUUCCCCGUAUAAAACCGAGCUUUCCCUUCUUCAAAGAACGAAACAAAAAUGAAAAAGCGUCAGAAACCCUCAUCGGUGCCGGUUCAGAUCCGGUCGGUCUGGGCCGAAAACCUCGAAACCGAGUUCGGUCUAAUCCGGUCUACGGUGGACCAGUUCCCGUUCGCCGCCAUGGACACCGAGUUCCCCGGAGUGAUCCACCGUUCCCAUCUCCACCCCCUCGUCCUCUCCCCCUCCGAUCGCUACUCCCUCCUCAAAUCCAACGUCGACGCGCUCCAUCUCAUCCAGAUCGGCCUUACGCUCUCCGACCACGCCGGCGCCGCUCGCUUCGUCUGGGAGUUCAACCUUAAGGACUUCGAUCUCCGCCGUGAUGAGCACGCACCGGAAUCUAUCGAUCUUCUAAGAUCUCACGGCAUGGACUUCGACGAGAACCGCGAGCGCGGCAUCGACUCGGCCCGCUUCGCCGAGCGUAUGAUGGCUUCCGGCCUGCUCUGCAAUGACUCGGCCGUGUCGUGGGUGACGUUCCACAGCGCAUAUGACUUUGGGUACCUGAUCAAGGUGUUGACAGGGCGGCUGCUGCCGAAGAGGAUGGAGGAGUUCUUGGAUUUGGUUAGGGUUUUCUUUGGGGAGAAGGUGUUUGAUGUAAAGUAUAUGAUGAGGUAUUGUGAGGGUUUGUGUGGGGGAUUGGAGAGGGUGGCGAGGGAAAUGGGGGUGGAGAGGGUGGCGGGGAGGAGUCACCAGGCCGGCUCUGAUAGCUUGCUGACUUGGCAUGCAUAUGCGAGAAUGAAAGAGAGGUUCUUUGGGGAUGAUAGUGAAGGGGAGGAGCAUGCUGGGGUUUUGUAUGGCUUGGAGGUCUUCUGAUGAAUUUGAGAGGGCUUCAACUCUUUAACAGCUAAAGGUCUUUGGUUUUCAAGUUUGAUGUUUCCAACUCUUCCUUCAACUUUCCCAGCACUUUUGUAACUUUGGUUUCUCCAUGUUGACAAGUCUUCAGCAGUUCAACAACUUGAUGGUUUUAGCUUCAUUUCUCGAAGCCUCCUGCUCUCCAACAACUUGGUGAUCUUAGCUUUUUCGUGUUGUUGAAGUCUUGAGCUAUUGAAAUUCUUGAGUCAUGUCUUCCGACUCUUCAACUUUUGCGGUAAAACUUUCCACCAUAUUUGGUAUUAUAGAGUGGAAAAUUUAUUGACUUGGAUGUGAGAAUGUGCACUCUAAUAGCAAAUACUUGUGUUCUUGUUAUGUUUGCUUGAGUGUAUGCAUCUAGGAGUGUUUUUGAGGUGUGAUUUACGAGAAAAGGUCAUGCAUGAGUACUGGGAAUGACGUCGGAUUGUGGCAUGGAUCUCCUAAUAGGAACAGAUUAUCUUUUGGACUAAGGAUUUCAACAUUGUGGGCAAGGUUGUGGAAAUCUUGAAAGUCUUUGUGUUUGGGACAAGAAUUAGGGCUUAUUUAGGGACUCAAUGGGGGUUAAUCAUCAUUUUUAUUUUAUGGUACUUUGGUUAUAAAAAGUUCCAAACUAUUUUUUUUUC